UCUACCGGCGUGCUACUUACCGGGCCAUUUCACAGCUUCAAACUUCAAGUUGCGGUCGGGCCUAUGAUAUCGGAAUGCGAGAACCUUUCGAUUGAAGAAAACCACAAUACUUGACGCAACAAGCCACCGGUUUUAACUAUAUCGAGAAUUAGUCAAGCUCAAAUUUAGACAGAGCAGUAAACAUGUACGGUUCGAAGCGCCUAGCAAAGAGAAGCAUUGUUGGCACCCGCGUUUGUGCUCCGUGGCCGGAUGGUAUCUACUACCCUGGCAUCAUCCGAAAUGUAGAAAAUCAGACCUACUACACCAUAUGCUUCGACGAUGGUUACAUCAAGGUGUACAGGGAGGCCGAUAUUGUCGGACAAGGGUUCCGAGGGGUCUGUAGCAUCCACCUGAAAUUCGGCCAGAAGGUGUAUAUCACCAACAAUGGACGAGAGAUGGUCGGCCACGUGCAGAAACACAAGAAGCCAACCAACGAGGUUUUCAUCAAAAUUGCGGACAGCUCAGAGACCAUGAUCCAGCGAAAAUUGGACGAAGUCCGCCUAAUGGAAAGCCGCAAGUCACCACGGCUGGCUGACCACGAAACCAACUAUCUGAAGCUGGCCGACAUGAGCCCGACUUCGGACGCAAAGAAGAGGAACGUUUCCAGCAGUAUCGACGUGCCCAGUGCCAAAUCGUUUAAGAUUGAAGAAGAACCUUUGAUGGAUGAUGUUAUGGCAGCUAUGGUGCUGACGAGCCUGUCUGGCAGUCCACGGACCAAACUCGACAGCAGCUCAGUACCAUACAGUCCCAUUAGUCCGAUCGGGGGUGCCACAUGCGAUUUAUCCACAGGUACAGCAUCUUCAUACAGCCCAUCAAGCAGCGGUCAUUUUAGCUGGGAUUUCCAUUCAAGGGGGACACCCUCCCCAACUUCUUCGAACAGCGAUGUGGAGUGCAACGUAACGGUGUUCUCGUAUCCCGAGAUCGGUUCAACCAACGGCGUCAACUUUGACCAGCUCUCUGUUGAUGAAGGGAUCGACAUGAGUGAGGUUGGGGCGCUGUGCACCAUUGACGACAUCCCUGCCAAGAAAUUAAAGGUCGCUCCAACCAGGACAAUGUACAAGUGCACAUGGCCAGGGUGUGGCAAAAAGCUAAGCAGAGUGCAAGGUAUUGAGAAACACAUCCGCAGCCAACAUCUCAGGACGAAAGACACCAACAGCAGCUGUAGCGACCAUGAAGAAGAGUUUUACUAUACAGAGGUGGAGACCACGGUAGACAGCAUGUCGGACAUGUUUGCUGACAUGAACACCUCCUCCCCACCCCCAGCUCCUGGUCCAACCGACAUGGUGAGACACACUCGUGAAGACCUUCGAGACAAUAACGGCAACAAUAUGAUGUGCCUAGAUAGAGUGAUGGCCCAGAUGGAGUCUGUGCCCGAGAAUAGCAUGACCAUGGUUGCACCACACGGUCAGGUCCCACAGCAAACCACCUUCACCUGGCAGACGACCCAUCCUGCGAGUGCCACCCUCUUCCAGACAAAUGGACAGUAUUCAUCGCCCAUCCGAACCAAAACCAGCAUCGUCCAGCAGCGACAGCAGCUCCACCAGGCCGCCUCCCCAAAGACCCACCUUCACUUUGCCCCCUCCUCCACAGGCUCUGGCUCCGCCUCCUCUUUGGGGCACCAUAAAACCCGGGAAGGCAAGAAGUGCCGGAAAGUAUACGGAAUGGAGCGUAAGGACCUGUGGUGCACUCAGUGCCGAUGGAAGAAAGCCUGCGUUCGAUUCACCAGCUAAAGAUGAUCGGCCAUGAAACACAAUGACCAGACAUGUGACUUGCAGCAACAGGGAGUGUCAGUUUAAGAAAUGGUGACUGUAAGACCUUGAGACACUUGUUGAGGUCCUGCAUGCAUCCUUGAUUAAUAGCUGUCAUUGGUCGAUAUGAUUCUGCAUGCUAAAAAAAAACAGGAUCUACAUGUAUCUGAAUUUGACAAAGUUUGAUGACACAGUGUGAGGAGAGAGCACUCUAAGCAGGAAGUUGGGUUGGAAACAUUUCUCUUGAUGAGAAUUUUUGCUCACAGGUCCUAGAUUUUUAUUUAGGUGCAUUUGGUGAAUAAAUCUGGUCAAGCAGAGAGAACAUUGUCUUACUGAGUAUUAGUGUGCCAUUUGUCCAAGGCAGUUAACGUGCACACCACAGGUUGGUUAUUACCAUCUUGUCGGCCUUGCGUGGGCUUGCUCAGUUAGCAAAUGUGACACAGUGGUCUUAGCUUGCUGUCCCUAUUUGGACAUUUGAAUUACACAUUGAGAUAAAUGUUGGCAAACCCAAUUCCUAAACAUGAUUUGAUAACAGCAGUACAAUGAAAUUAUACGUCAAGACUCGUUUGAGCAAUGAAAUUAUGUGUCAAGACUCGUUUGAGCAAUGAAAUUAUGUGUCAAGACUCGUUUGAGCAAUGAAAAUAUGCGUCAAGACUCAUUUGAGCAAUGAAAUUAUACGUCAAGACUCAUUUGAGCAAUGAAAGUAUGCGUCAAGACUCAUUUGAGCAAUGAAAUUAUACGUCAAGACUCAUUUGAGCAAAAAAGGAAAACAUUUCUGUCUAUUUCUGACACUUUGCACAACAUGAAGGGCUGAGUUCUGAGAUUGGAAUCUCUUUGCCAGUGCCAUGUAGGCUCCUUUGCAUGAAACGUAUUAAGGUAAUCCACUUUUGUUUUGUCACUUUCCUAUGCACAAAUAUUAUGACGUCUCAUCGCAUGUGUCGGUUGUUGUAAUUUGUCUUGACAGUUGAAAACAAAUCAAUGGAUGACGUCCGGGAUGAGAGAACUGCAACUGGUGCAUUGUAUGUGCAGAUGUUGUUCUUUUAUUGAAAUGUCUUUAAUUGCGGUUUGAAAAAAAAGCAGAUUUGGUAUGUGCUGAACAGGUGCAGUUAUGGAGUAACUAUUGGGGAACCUGACAUGCUCAAUUUGAAGGUUGAGGUGGUCACCUGUAAGGGUUUUUGUUUUCUUUUUGGAAACGCUUUUUUCGGGUGGGGGAAGCUGAAAACUUUUUGAAUGUGGAUGGAAAAGGCUACAGAAUUGUUGAGAAAUUGUGAACUGUAAUUUGGUAGCUUGGCUUCAUCAGGAAGAAAUCUCUUCUUUAAAUACUGGGGAAGGCAUUUGACCAGAAGACCCUCCCCAAGAAGAACUGUCUUAGAGCUAUGCUUAGAGAAUGUUAAUGGUAUUCACAAGAAGAAAGAUUCAAUGAGUUGCGCCAUAUUUUGGUCAAUUGUAAGAAAAUAUAUGUAAUCACUUUUUAACAUGUAGGUGAAGAGUCUUUAUAAUAAUGGAGUAUUUGAAAUGUUACAGAAGUGCAUUAAAACGUAAAAGCUAAAGAUAAUCCUACCGUAUGAUGUUAAUCUUCUUUUACAUCCAUUUCAUUUAAAUUUAGUUUUCUUUGUUUUUCUGAAAUGCAAACUCUAAACAUAAAAGUGCCAAGGUUGGUUGAUAGAAAUUAAUUGAAUUAAUGCAUGGUUUUACGUUUGUUAGACACUUCCCACAUUUGGCGGUCAGACCUAUUAGAGAUCAGCACAGCCAGUCACUGGUGGCGAUUUCCGAAGGCCACUUUCUUAAGACUGCUCCUCAGCCUCUUUUGGCCACUUGCAUUUAGUGGCCUUUGGUCAGUGUGGCCCAUCUGAUCACUAAACAUUCAUGAAGUUGGUACUUGCUCAACUUGAAGGCAUUCCUGGCCUCUGAUCUUUUAAUGGCCUUCGUUCAAUUGGAUGGCCAGUUGUUGGAUGGCCUUUAUCUUGGGUUUGGUGGCUGGUUUACUGACCUUGAUCUGGUGUUGGUAGCCAGUGUUUGGAGGCAAUCAUCUGGUGUCAAUAGUCAGUGCAUGGUGGCCACUCCACUAUUUUGUGAAUUUAUGAACAUGUUGUCCUUGUUUAUUUUUGUGAGAGAUUUCAUUCUCUUAAGAUCAAGAAGAGAAAAAAGUAUUGAUAAUCGUAGCAGAACAUUCAUUGGAUCACUGUGAUUCCUGUCCCCUCAGAAAUGUAUCAAUUUUCAAACAUCUAGUCUUUACAUUCAAUUACCUGAGUAAAGUGUUGUCAUGAAAGUUGUGUACAAGUUUGUCCUUAAAACUGAAACUAUGAGAGUGGGAUAUGUGUAGCGUUACUUGUUUAGAUGAAGUUCAAAAUGAAAGGUAGACAUGUAAACAUACAGCAGGAGUGAUAAUUAGUUUUUAUCAAAGUAGCUUUAUAGAUGCUUUACAACCUUAAAGGCACAUUGUCGGCAAGUGACAUGAAAGGUGUCAACAAUUUUUACUCAGAUUGGGGUGAAUUUUUUUUCUCUGAACAGCAAGGUUUUCUUGUCAAUAAUUUCUCAGGUACACUUGGACAGCUGCGGAUGUGCACUACCUUACGUGUACAUGUACAGACAUCUCAGGCAAUGUCUUUUUUACUAUCAAAUUUUCAUAUCAAAUCUUCCAGUUAAAAUCAAGUGGGCAAAAAAAGGAUGUGGAAAGAUUUUCUCUGAACAGUUUCUGUGUGCGAGUCCCAAGGAGACGAACUGUACAUGCAUUCUUCCACUGUGAGUGUGCUUUAUCUGAUGGAACUUUUCACAGUAUCACAACCUUUUCUAUCAAAAUGUGAUUUAAUUUUUGAACAAUUUCUCAACGGUAGACAGUUUCAUGUAUUUUAAGAUUUCUUAAAAUGAGCCUUUCCCAGUAUGUACAGAAUAAGACUGUUCUGGCUUCAUAGUUCCCAAUAAACGAUUCUUCUCGCCAAAAAAGAAUGAUUGAUUUCAUUGCUGAUAUGCCAACCCCAAAACAACUCUUACAAUAAAUAAUUUGUCAUAAGUGUCUAAGUUGUUCUACCUGAACUCUCUCCAUUUUCUUUACUAAUUGGUAUUUACUUAUUGGUAAGUGCCUUUAUUUAGUUAAGGGGAAAGCCACAACACUCGAAACAAUGUGUCCUAAAAGUAAACAGCUUAAAAUUACACUUGAUAAUUUUGAUAUUUAAAAUAUCUGGAAAUUUGUGUGUUCUAAGUUUAGAAGCUCGCCACAUGGUUUUCACUGCUUUUGUCAAAAAACCCCCAGAUAUUCUGCUGCCUGUUUUGCACAGUAAGAAGCUCUGCUUAUGAAUAGCAUGUAAAUUAGGAAAUCUUCAGAAAUCAGGGAUUUUUAUCAGAACUAUGCUGGUGCCAAAUAUCAGAUUGCCUGUGACUUUGUAGAAGAUUUCUUUUGCAUUUUCAGACUUG